AUGGAGCUGAGAGUGGGGAACCGAUACAGACUGGGCAGAAAAAUCGGAAGUGGAUCUUUCGGGGACAUCUACUUAGGCACAGAUAUUUCAGUUGGCGAGGAGGUUGCAAUUAAGCUGGAAUGUGUGAAGACCAAACACCCCCAGCUCCACAUCGAGAGCAAGAUCUACAAGAUGAUGCAAGGAGGAGUUGGAAUUCCAACAAUAAAGUGGUGUGGAGCAGAAGGUGACUACAAUGUGAUGGUGAUGGAGCUGCUGGGGCCCAGCCUGGAGGAUCUCUUCAACUUUUGUUCCCGCAAGUUCAGCCUCAAGACAGUGCUGCUGCUCGCCGAUCAGAUGAUCAGUCGCAUUGAGUACAUUCACUCCAAGAACUUCAUCCACAGAGAUGUGAAACCUGAUAACUUCCUGAUGGGACUGGGCAAAAAGGGCAACCUGGUCUACAUUAUUGAUUUUGGACUGGCUAAAAAAUACCGUGACGCUCGCACACACCAGCACAUCCCCUACCGCGAAAACAAGAACCUGACUGGCACUGCACGCUACGCCUCAAUCAACACACAUCUGGGCAUUGAGCAGUCAAGGCGCGAUGACCUGGAGUCCUUGGGCUACGUUCUCAUGUAUUUUAAUCUGGGCUCGCUGCCUUGGCAAGGUCUCAAGGCUGCUACCAAGAGGCAGAAGUAUGAACGUAUCAGUGAGAAGAAAAUGUCCACCCCCAUUGAGGUGCUCUGCAAGGGAUACCCCUCUGAGUUUGCCACCUACCUGAAUUUUUGUCGCUCCCUGCGCUUCGAUGACAAGCCGGACUACUCAUACCUACGGCAGCUCUUCAGGAACCUCUUUCACAGACAGGGCUUCUCUUACGACUAUGUUUUUGACUGGAACAUGCUCAAGUUUGGAGCCAACCGUGCGGCAGAGGAAGCAGAGAGAGAACGCCGAGACCGGGAGGACAGGCUGAGGCACGGCAGGAACCCAGGGGCCAGAGGAAUACCUGCCGCAUCAGGACGACCACGGGGAACCCAGGAAGGAGCCCCACCCACCCCACUAACACCCACCUCACACACAGCGAACACAUCCCCUCGACAAGUGUCCGGUAUGGAGCGUGAACGAAAGGUCAGCAUGCGACUGCACCGCGGUGCUCCUGUCAACGUAUCUUCCUCAGAUCUAACAGGACGGCAGGACACCUCCCGCAUGUCCACCUCACAGAAUAGCAUUCCCUACGAGCAUCACGCCAAGUAGACGCUCGCCACGUCCUUGUGUGACGGCGGCAACACUGGAUGGUGUCCGGUGUACCGCCUGCUGGUCUCCAUCUCCUAGCUCCUCGAUGAGCCCCCCUCCCCUACGAUGCAACCUUGGCGGACCAAGCCCUGAAGCAAUCUGACAUACUAAUACUACUACCACCAUUAAUUACUACUACAGCUACCAUGGGAAGCCAGCUUCUGACUCAGCACGAACUGCUUUCUGAACGACUGCUCACAGUACUGUUGCCUCCUUCAGAAUCUUGUACAAUCUCUCUUUCACUCUCUUCCCGUUUGUGUGUUGGUCUGACCCCACCCCAAAACAUUUAAGGGGUGUUGGACCUCCGGACUGUCCACUUUUUCAGGAGACGUUUGCACAACCCUCCACACUGCCCCACCACCAGAGUCUGAACGGGCAGUGCUUCCAGUGUAGUCCAGGGCAGACAUGGCAACCCAGCAGUCUUUUCCAGGACACUGACUGACUGAUGAAACAACGCCACUGGCUCCUCCUUCCUCUGUGGACACUUGUUGUCAUUGAUUGAUGACCCUACAUUUUCACUGUCUGCUACUUACAUACCUGAUCAAUAAAACAGCUUUUCUCUCUCUUUUGCAGUAAGAUGUAUCAAGCUGAACCAGCAGCUCUUCAUUGUAUAUAAAUGUACGGGCAGGUUUAUUUUGGCAGUGUGAUGCUUUUCAUUGGUAUUUUGAAGUUUUCAUUCCCUCCUCCCACCAGCCGCUUUUCCUGUUUUUAAUACCACUCAUCGACGGCUUUCUUCAGUAACCCUAUAGCCAUUUGUAUUAAAUAAAAAGAAACUACUUCUUUGCAUGUUUUAGAGGCGAGCCUUCAGUCGGGCGCAGAGGCUCAAGUGCUAGUUGAACCCUGGGAUGUACCAAAUGUAUGCUUUGGUAACUUGGGUGCAGGAGGUUGUGUGUUCACCCAUUAGUUAUUGUUCUGUCAGUUCACCUCCAGGCUCUGGUGUACUGUCCAAUGAGCCCUGUUCUCUUUCUAAUGUUCCGUACAAAAGGAAGUGCACUUUAUGAGGGUGCAAGGGCAUCAUAUUGUUGACACAUUUUACCAGAUGUCCAUUCACUGUGUACAGAUAAACAUUCUCAUAUUUCUUUCUUAUUUGUAUGAUUUCCAAGCUGUGAAUUACUUGUAAUAUUGAUGUGUAAAUGUUUUUUUCAUAUUAUGUUUAAACUGACCUUGUAGGGACAGGUCUGAACAUUCACAGACUUCUUAGCGUGGUCCAGGAACCUAGCUGCUCCAAGUUCGGGCUGGCAUAAGUGUAGUAUUCUGCCCCCCGCCCUUUUAGAGCCAUGGAGUUGAACAGAACAGUCACAGCUUCUGCUCUCAAUACGAGCCGUUCAGUGAUCCUGCACCCGUUUUGCAAACAAACUGCAGGGUGGUCAUGGAAAAUGCAUUCUGUUACAUAAACAAUUAUUGGAAGGAUUCUUUGUUGAGAGGAAAGCUGUCCAUGUUUUCACAGGCUUCUCCAGCAGCAGCGUUUUGGGAUUUUUCUAUUCAACUCGUUUGACACUGGCUGUGAUGAAUAACUCUGCCAUGCCUGUUGUAAUUAAUUCUCGCUGCUGCUGCUCAUGCUAUAAAUAGUUUUUUGAUUUUGACCCAUGACCUCUUUGGUCAGACACUCUACACCUAUUGAAUUAUGUAAGCAACCGGAGCAGCAAGAUUUACUUUCUCACAUUUAUAUUUGCCACUGUAUUUGUGUACUUAAACUGUAAAUAAAUGAAUUACUUGUA